CACUGUAGUCCAGGGAGGAACCAGUCAGUCUUCCAUUUGCCCUUUUCUUGUCUUGCGGCGGCACCAUGACCCCUGAAGGGGCUCUUGGCUGCAUGUAACUAAGUAAGGGUCAAGGCAGAGCAAGCGGCACUUCAGCCUCCUACUUCUCGGCGGGCCUCUUACACAGUUGUUAUGACAUUGGGCUCCUCAAUGGCAGAGCAGAUGACCCAGCUGACAUUGCGACUCCUGGAACAGAUGCUGGAGCGGGAACGAGAAAACAUGGACAGUUCAGGACAGCAGGAGAAGCCAGAGAGAGCUCUGCAGAGUGCUUUGAGAAGAAGGAAGGACCUUCUACAGAGGCUCUGGGAACAGCAGCUGAUGGAUGAGUACACCCCAGACCAGGCCUGGCGGACACAUGGACGAGCCAUGGUGCCAGCCCUGAACCCAGAGGUGCCUCCCAUCGAUGUCUUUCCUGCUGCCUCCCCACCUUUGCCCCGACCCCCAGAGCCACCACGGAUCAUCCAGCACCAGGUCCCCCAGCCUCCUGCCACCAUCAUUCAGCAGCUACCCCAGCAGCCACUGAUUGCACAGAUUUCUCCUCCUCAGGCCUUUCCCACUCAAAGAUCAGGAAGUAUUAAGGAAGACAUGGUGGAGAUGAUGCUGAUGCAGAAUGCACAGAUGCACCAGAUCCUCAUGCAGAACAUGAUGCUCAAAGCCCUGCCACCCGGAACCACAGGGCCGCGUGCUCCUACCCUCCAGGAUGUUGCAGUCCUGACCUGGCUGUGUCCUCUGCAGCCGGGAGUCCUCCGAGCUGAAAAGCAGAAGCCACCCCCGGUCCACCACCACCACCACUAUGCGCCCACCACGCAGCUGCAGGCUGCCUCCAUGCCUGGCGCCCCUUCAGGCUAUGCCGGGUGGCCUCCAGUGGUUGCAGCUACUGCCCUCCCACAAGCAGCCAGCUUCUUACCCACUAUGAGCUUCCUAACUGAGCCGGCUAACUCCCAGCCUAGCAACCCCUAGCAUGCAAGUCUGCAGGGAGAAAGCUAGCGUCUUGUAGCGGGUAAGUGGAAAGAUGGGCCGGGUCACCUCUCCGCAUGGUAUGCCAACGAGCACAUUCACCCUGUGGUCAGGCCAGGAUGACCAGAAAAAAAAAAUUCAGUCUACCAUGGUGGCAGGUUGUA